ACGAUGCACGAGCCGCUGCCUCAUUACUUCAUCAAUUCAUCGCAUAAUACUUACUGUACGGGUGAGUUAAAGUGUGUUUGUAGAACAAACAUUAAAAUCUACUCACUCUGUGAGGGUUCAUUUCAGGUACUUCUUUCUGGAUGUAGAUGUGUCGAAUUGGAUUGUUGGGAUGGAUCUGACGGGCCAGUCGUUACUCAUGGACCGUCGGCAGUUAUGCGGAUGAACGAGAUCCCGUUAAAGGCAGUCUGCUCCGCGAUCGCUGAGUGCGCUUUCAAAACGUCGCCGUAUCCGGUUGUACUGUCAAUCGAAAAUCAUCUGUGCCAGCAACAACAGAAGGAAAUGGUGCAGAUAUUCAGGGAAGCCUUCGGAUCGAAACUUCUCGUUGAUCCACUGGAAAGCCAUCCGGUAUGGUGUCUUUCAUCAAGGAAGAAAAGUGUGCAAAAUUUUCUGUACCUUUUUCUUAUAUAUUUCGAAACGUCUCUGCAGACUCUGCUACUAUGGUUUGUGCUGACCCCAGUACAUGCAUUUGCCAUUCGUUUCUUUCCCUCGCUAUCUUCGUCCAUGCUGGUGAUUUUAUUCGAGCAUGGCGCUGGGUGCGUGUCUCAUGGCGUGAUCUGUAAAAUAAAACAACUGCAGCUGCGAGUACAGCUUUGUAACCUUUGUUACGAACAAGUCCGCCCGACGUGUAGAUGGCCGUCCUUGUGGACGUCUGCGUCAUUUCGGAGUCCACUCUACAGUUUUAUGACCGACCCAUCUAUGAUCCGCUAUCGAUGUGCGUUCUCUUAA